CCUUUAAACGGGGUCUAGUGAGGUCUUAUAAGCGGCGCUCAUCCUCACAGCAGCAGUUUCUUGACACGAGACUACGGAACCAUUUCAUGGCAACGAAAAAGUAAUUAACACUUGUUAACUCAUUCUUGUUUUCAUACCGAAAACUUACUCUUAUAUUCUGUGAAUGUACUGCUCUAAAAGGUGUCUAAAAUAUAUUUGAAGAAACGUCUUCACCAGGUACUAAAGUGGGUCGCUACGUCAUCAUUUGAUAAUUACAAGAUUUCUAUUUUCAACAGCCAGCCUCGCCACACCUGACACCUCACAGAGCUCACGAGAUUUUCCCUCUGUUGCGUGCUCAAGUAUGAAGAUGAACCUAGUUGCCGCCGUCUUUGUGGCGUUCGCCGUGACAGCGGGAAUAGCAGCAGAAACACAGCCCUGCACCCUGAAGCAGGAAAAUGCACAGUGCAAGCGGAACUCCGAGUGCUGCAGCAGAUGUUGCACUGCAGGGCUGUGUUCCAGUGUAGGCAGCUGUUUUCCCGCCUGUGACCCGAGCAGAGCUGCAACUGUCGAGGGACCGGCCUUGUGCAGACUAACGAAGUCUAUUGACGAGCUGACCGAUCUGUUGAAGAUUAUGAUCAACAGCGACUUGGAGACAGGCAUUCCAGUGCUGGCGAACAUCAUCAGAACUGUAAAUGUAUUCUUUAAGGACCCCAUUUCAGGCAUUGCCUUCAUGCCUGACGUCAUCGAGGGCGUGCAUAAACUUGGGAACAUGUUCAACACAACAAUGGACGAAACCAGACUGAUUAUUAAUGACGUCAGCGACAUAAUAGACACAAGUGUUCAUUUGAUGACCAAGCUGAUCAACUCGCAUUGAUAACAGGUCUAGAGUAUGUACCGGAAGAAAAGAGUUAAUGUUUUCAAGAUGAUUAGUAUCGAAACGUAUUCCCAACUGUACACAGCAACAUUUCUCCCACCUUCCGAUCUCCGGGGUCCACCUCAACAUCAUGAGGACCCUAUUACUUGCUACACUGUCACACUCUGACUCCAGAGUAAGGUUUCUGUACGGAGCUUUACGGCACGCAGUGUCAUUUAUUUGUCUGUAUUAAAAAAUGUGUUGCUCUGCUUAAUUUAAG